UGCCAGCUUAUCCUGGCCUUACCUGUUGUCAUGAUCAUUAUCCUUCAUGCUGCCCUCUACAUGGUGGAUAACCCUCAGGUGUGUUGGGGCUUAGGCAUCCCACCACCUGCCUCGGAACAGAAAAAACAGUCGUCCCUGUGGCCAGAGGAAGGCAUCAACUCCUGGCGUGUGUUCGUCCUCAUGGCUCACUCCUUUGCCUGUGUGCGUUUUGCGUCCUUUAUUAUCCACGUUCAGGUGACCACGAGACUGUUGUGUUCUAGCUGUCCCGUCGUGUACUGGUUUGCUGCCCACCUCAUCACCGACCACCCCAAGCGCUCGACUGGGACUAUCUCCAAGGAAAACACCGACGACCGACCAGAAUGCAUCACGAACAUGACCAAGCGAUAUACAGUUUUUCUACUCUCGGAAUUCCCUAAACCUUUUUGGGGACAAGUUGUAUUGUCCUAUUUCUUUCUCUAUUUUAUGAUUGGAAUAAUUUUAUAUUCCAACUUUUUACCUUGGACGUGAGGGAGGACACACAUGGUUCACUCACUGGCGACUAAAUAUUGUUAAUAUUUUUGUGAUAUUAGUGUUUUUGAUGUUAUAUUCUUUCUCUGUGU